GUAAAAAAGAAAUAUCACAUGCACCUAAAUUCAUUAAGCGGAUGAAAGAUUGCAAAAUUUUGGAUGCAGAAGAAGCCGUUUUUGAAUGUCAUGUGACUGGAACACCGAAACCUAGAGUCAUCUGGCAACUUGACGGUAAAGACAUUAAAGAUGGAGACAUCUACGAGGUUUCAUUUGAUGGAAAAGUUGCCAAAUUAGUAAUUCCUGAAGCAUUUCUUGAUGAAGAUGAUGGUGAAUACACCUGUAAAGUUAUCAACUCAGCAGGACAAGUAUCGUGUACAGCAGAAUUGAUCAUUGAAGAAGAAGUUAAGAAAACUCCAGUAAUAAAAGGCCUGAAACCUGAAUUUAUCGAUAAAAUAUCAGAUAUGACUGUGGUGGAUGGACAUGAGGUCAAGUUGACAGUACGAGUGAAAG